GGAGCCCAUGGCUGGGCCCACCACCCACAUUGCCUCCAUGCUGUUCCUCACCCUCCUGCUGCUCCUGGAGCUGAGCCUGGCAGGCUCCCUGGGACCUGGAGCCCCUGCUCAGAACCUCCCUGAGAAUCACAUCGACCUCCAGGGCCCAGCACUGUGGACACCUCAGGCCAGCCACCACCGCCGGCGUGGCCUGGGAAAGAAGGAGCGGGGCCCAGGCAUGCCUGGCCUGGCCCAGGAUGGGUCUGUGGUCACCGCCACCAGGCAGGCCUCCAGGCUGCCUGGGGCGGGGGCGCUGCUGCCUGGGCAGAAUCCUGCAGGCCUGCUGCAGGGCAAGGAUCUGCUCCUGGGGCUGGCGCUGCCCGACCCUGAGAAGGAGAACCGGUCUCCGAGGUCUGAGAGGGCGAAGAAACGCGGCAGGGAGCACAAGAGACGCAGGGAGAGGUUGAAACUGCACAGAGGCCGAGGCUUGGUCCGAGGUCCCAGCUCCCUGAUGAAGAAGGCAGAGCCCUCUGAAGACCAGGCACUGGACGCUGCAGUGGAGGAAUCCUCCACCAGCCUGGCCCCCACCAUACUCUACCUAACCACCUUCGAGGCAGCACCUGCCACGGAAGAGUCCCUGAUCCUGCCUGUCACAUCCCUGUGGCCCGAGGCUCAGCCCAGGCCUGACGGGGAGGUGAUGCCCACGCUGGACAUGGCCUUGUUCGACUGGACCGAUUAUGAAGACUUAAAACCGGAGGUCUGGCCCUCCACAAAGAAGAAAGAGAAACACCGGGGGAAACUCUCCAGCGAUGGUAACGAAACAUCACCAGCUGAAGGGGAGCCGUGCGACCAUCACCAGGACUGCCUGCCAGGGACCUGCUGCGACCUGCGGGAGCAUCUCUGCACGCCCCACAACCGAGGCCUCAACAACAAAUGCUUCGACGACUGCAUGUGCGUGGAAGGGCUGCGCUGCUACGCCAAAUUCCACCGGAACCGCAGGGUCACACGGAGGAAGGGGCGCUGCGUGGAGCCCGAGGCGGCCGACGGCGACCAGGGAUCCUUCAUCAACGUCUAGCGGCCCCGCGCGAGGCGCCUCCCACCGGCCCGGGGACGGAGCGCGGAGGUUUGCAGAAGCCGGGCAAUCUGUUCAUAACUAGCGGCGGGAGGUCAAAGGGGGACCAGAUGACUGAGGCUGCAGGUCGGGCCCAGAACGCGCAGCCCCGGCAGGGCAGCCCAGGAGCCCAGCAGCGGCGCAGCUGCGCCCACCACCCGGCCCCGGGGACGCACGGGCUGCGCCUGCCGGGGUCCCCGUUCUCCGCCAUGGCAAUGUCGAGAGUGCCCUCUACUGUCCGCCCGCACCACUGCAACAGCUUCCGGUUAAAAAACGAAGAGGUUGGUAAGCGGAAAAGACAUGGAAACUGCUUGAGAGGUAGGGACCCAAGGGCAGGGGAUGAAUACUGAGCACCUGCUACGCACCAGGCCCUGGGCUAGGCGCGUGGCACACGUUGUCUCAUUUGGUGAUCACCUGAUCUUGUAGAGCAGGCAUUAUCACCAUUUUAUAGGCGAGGAAACUGAGGCAGGGUUGGUUAUAUGACUUGCCCAGGGUCCCAGAUCGAUGCUCUUCAAACCUUAACCGGUGUAAGAAUCCCCGGGGGAUCUGGUUAAAAUGCAGACUCCACCUCAGGCGAUGCUGCGUUUCUAACAAGCUCCGGGGCCUGCUGCUGCUGC